AUGAAAUAUCUGCUUCAAAUAAGCGAAGUGGAUAUGAACACAGUGAAUAGAAAUGGCUUCUCUGCUCUGGAUAUAGUGGAAUAUUUUCCAAAGGAUUUCAAAGUCAUUGAAUUGAGAGAACUGUUAGUACAUGCUGGAGCUCUAAGAGCCAUAAGAUUCCCUGCAUCAACAACUCACCAAGUAGCUGUUGAUAACAGAAAUGAGGAGAAUUCAACUGUUGUAGUUGACCUAGCAUAUGCAGCACUUCCCUCCACCAAUACUCCUCCAUUAGAGGCGGUUCCGCCACCAUCUUUCUCUGGGAAAAUCAGGAAGCAGAAGGGAGACAAACACGAGAAAUGGAUCAAGAAGAAGCGCGAUUCUCUGAUGAUAAUUGCCACCGUGAUCGCAGCCAUGGCUUACCAAGCCGGCCUUAGCCCUCCCUGCGGCCUGUGGGACAACGAUCAGAAAGACGACAAAGGCACCAUCUUAUACUACGCAGGAACAUCGAUACUGGCUGCAAACGAUCCAGAGGGUUACCCAUUGUUCUGGCUAUGCAACACCGUCUCUUUUCUUGCAUCCCUUAGCACGAUCUUCUUGCUCAUGAGUGGCUUGCCCUUGGGGAAGAAGGUUUUGAUGAGGGUUCUGACGGGCACAAUGUGGGUGACCAUCACUUUCAUGGCAAUGACUUACCUCGAAUCCAUGAUGGCCAUCUCGUUCGUACACAGGGAACCUAAACAUGUGAGCCCGUUCACAGAGGAAUGGUACUCCGAGGAUGGGGGGUCGAUUACAGUGGUUAUGUACUCCUUGUUUGUUUGGCUCUGCAUUUGUAGCCAUUGUUUUUCUAGUUCACACUGUUCGAUUCCUUGCGUUCGUCUUCCGGAAUGUGAAAGAUCCGCAAAAGCUCAAGAAGUGGAUAUCAGGGCGUGUGAGUUGGUGCAGAUCUAG